GGUUAGGUCAGGUCAGAUCAAGUCCAAUUGUUCCUCCUAUUUUGUUAUUUGUUUUUCUUCUCUUUCUAUCUUCUGUUCUCCAUUCCUUUCUUCAGAGUCUAUGUAGUAUAUUUACACCUUAAUCACUCUACUGUCCUCUGCAUCAAAUGCCAUUCUGCCGCAAUUAUUUAGUCUUUACAAUCUGUGCAUGUUCUCUGUCAUUUGGACUGUUUACUUUUGUUUCCUCUUCACACUCUAUUUCUUUCUCUCUUUUAAAGGAAAAAAGCAAAAAAAAGCAAUGGGUUCAAUUGCUUACUUAUAUCACAAUACAUACAGAAGCAGGCUUCAGACCUCGUCUCUGAGUCCAUCAGCGGUAUCAAAAGAUGAUGGACAUGUAGAUAGCAUAGAUCAUGCUUACAUCAUAGAAAACGGUUCGAUACAAGAAUCAUCUGUAUUGUUGCAGCGGAUCGGCUCUAUAGACAGUAAUAAUAAUAAUAAGGACGAUAACAACCACAAAAGUCAGUAUCUAAAGAAAUGGAAGCGGAAAAAGAGUCAGUCUGUCAAGAAACGCGCCUCAGGCGCGUUAAUGCCUUCUUUUGACUCUACUCCAAGCGCAAUAACCUCCAGAGCACCCUCCACAUUUUCCCGUAUUCUACUUGAUGGCUUCACUCCUACCUCUAUCGCAGCAGUUUCAACAGUUUUAACUAUUUCAUCUCCUUCUGUAACACCAACAGCAACAGCAACAGCAGUCUCCAUUCACAACCCCGAAGGUCAGCCUCCACUCUCCAGCCUUGCAGUCCAAUUGAUCUUAGGUGGACUGGCUCUUGUAUGCUUCAUGGCUGUCUUUCUCCAUUGUCUGCGUAUCAAUCGCCGGUACAAUGCUGUCAUUAAGCAACGACAGCAAAAUUUGACUACAGCUCGAUCUCACGGUACACUACAUCCUAUGGUUCUUCAAAGACAUGGUAAUGCCUAUGCAACCGCUGGUACCCAUCUGGUGCCAGCAAAUGAAAUGACAUUGGCCGCACGAUUGAACAUGUAUCAGGUUCGGACAGGGGUGAUCAUUCCUCAGUAUCCAUAUGCUCAGGAGCCUUACGGUGCCGCUGCUGGAGGACGUGGCACGGCAUUUUCGGAGAGCAUAGAUUCCUUUGUAAUACCUUCUUAUGGACAGGAUGUGAGUCCUCCUCCAUUCACGUUGAUCGCAGGCAAACCUCCAACGUAUGAAGAGUUGGCAUGUGUUCAUUCAGUCGAUGACCUCGCUCCACCUUCGGCUUCAACUUCAACUUCAACUUCAACCUCAACUUCAACUUCACCUUUAGCUUCAAUCUCGAUCCCAGUCCCAGCCUCAGCUUAUAUUCAGAGUCGUACCCUUUCUUCUCUCCCAGUCUCCACUCCAGAUUCCAACAACGCGUCAUCUUGUAACUAACAUGAGAAAUGGCUUGAAAUCCAUAGUAUAUAUCAUGACGUUAGUCAAGAGUAAAUAGGAAGCAUUAAUUAUAUAUAUUUAUUUUUGAAUAUUUACAGAUCAAUAACAGUAAUAAACAACAAACUACACUAAUAAGAC